CUGUCGGCAGGCAGCAUGGGGAAGGGGGGGAACAAGGGCGAGGGGGGCACCGAGCGCGAAGCGCCGAUGCCCACCUUCAGCUGGGAGGAGAUUCAGAAGCACAACCUGCGCACCGACAAGUGGCUUGUCAUCGACCGCAAGGUCUACAACAUCACCAAAUGGUCCAGCAGGCACCCGGGGGGGCAGCGGGUCAUCGGGCACUACGCGGGGGAAGAUGCCACGGAUGCCUUCCGCGCCUUCCACCCCAACCUGGACUUCGUGCGCAAGUUCCUGAAGCCGCUGCUGGUUGGCGAGCUGGCCCCGGAGGAGCCCAGCCAGGACCGCGGCAAGAACUCUCAGAUCACCGAGGACUUCCGGGCCCUGAGGAAGAUGGCCGAGGACAUGAACCUGUUCAAGCCUAGCCACCUGUUCUUCUUUCUCCACCUGGCCCACAUCAUCGUCAUGGAGAGCAUGGCCUGGCUCAUCCUUUCUUACUUUGGCAAUGGCUGGAUUCCAACCCUUGUCACAGCCGUUGUCCUUGCUACCUCUCAGUCCCAAGCUGGAUGGCUGCAACAUGAUUACGGCCACCUGUCUGUCUACAAGAAAUCCAGGUGGAACCACGUUGUCCACAAGUUCGUCAUUGGCCACUUAAAGGGUGCCUCUGCCAACUGGUGGAACCAUCGCCACUUUCAGCAUCAUGCCAAGCCCAACAUCUUCCACAAGGAUCCGGAUGUGAACAUGCUGCAUGUGUUUGUCUUGGGCAAAUGGCAGCCCAUCGAGUACGGCAAGAAGAAGCUGAAAUACCUGCCCUACAACCACCAGCACGAGUACUUCUUCCUGAUUGGACCACCGCUGCUCAUCCCCCUCUAUUUCCAGUAUCAGAUCAUCAUGACCAUGAUCGUCCGCAAGGACUGGGUGGACUUGGCCUGGGCCAUCAGCUACUAUGCCCGUUUCUUCAGCACCUACAUCCCUUUCUAUGGCGUCCUAGGAGCUCUCCUUUUCCUCAACUUCAUCAGGUUCCUGGAGAGCCACUGGUUUGUGUGGGUCACCCAGAUGAACCACAUCGCCAUGGAGAUUGACCGUGAGCCUUACCGCGACUGGUUCAGCAGCCAGCUGGCAGCCACCUGCAACGUGGAGCAGUCCUUCUUCAACGACUGGUUCAGCGGGCACCUGAACUUCCAGAUCGAGCACCACCUCUUCCCCACCAUGCCCCGGCACAACUACUACAAGAUCGCCCCACUGGUGAAGUCUCUGUGUGCCAAGCACGGCAUCGAGUACCAGGAGAAGCCUCUGGCCAGGGCCCUGCUGGACAUCACCAGGUCCCUGAAGAAGUCCGGGGAACUGUGGCUGGACGCCUACCUCCACAAAUGAAGCUGGGCUCUCGGAACCCACAGGGAAGGGGGAGCAGGAUGCAUCCUGAUGGGGGAUGGCAGGGGCCUGGGCCUUGUGACAAUCUGCCUUUUACCAAUGCCCCUCGCCAGUCCCCCUCCCCAGGCCCCGGUGGGCUGAGCAGCUGGGACAGAGAGUGACAGGGGAGGUCUCAGAAUGAGGUGACCUGAAGAGCCAAGGAAGUGGGGGGGCCUGAUGAAGGAGGGGCUGGAGGUGGGGGGGGGGAGCGGACCCUGCUGCAGGGCAGUCUCUGGGACCCAGAGUGGCAGCAUUCGAAAAUCUAACCCACUAACCAGUAUUUAGAUUCAGGGAAUGGGGUGGGGGGCCAUGGCCAAGCUCAGAGUGGGGGCCUUUGGGGGACACCUUCUAGACCCCCCAGCUCUGGCCAGCCAGGAGGGGAUCGGCAGCUAGUGCUGACUCUCAGAUUGCCAUGGCAACGGGCCCUCCUGAGGCCUCCCGCCCCAUCCCCCCAGCUAUUGCUUGCUCCCCCAGAAGCAGAAGGAAUCCGUAGGGAACUGAUCUUAAUUUUUAUCAUGUUGCUUCCCCCACUCCUACAUUUUUUGAAAUAAAAGAAGUAAUUUUAUUCUCA